AUGCAAAUCAAAAUUCAUAGUGUACUUCAGUUUCUUCUUAUUCCUUUGAUUGCUUCUUCUACCAGCGUCACGGUUUGCGAUAAAAAUCCAGGCCUCAUACAGUGUGUAGCUCUGAGAAACCAAUUCAUUUUGCCGCUCAAGAACAGCUGCAAUCCAUUGAAGAAAAACUGCGACACAGGAGACUUGAUCGAUCCAAGAGUCGCCACUUGUAAUUUAGAAUUCAGUGGGAACGUGUUUCAUUCUUUGUUGAAUAGAUUUCAAAUGAGUUAUGGAUACAAAUGCUUUCCCGUUGUUCCGGAUCCCAACAUGUUUCACAGGCGGAAUGUCGGGCCGAGUCAAGGAGAGCCCCGCUGUGUACCCACUAGACUAAGUCUACAGGGUAGCUUUCUUUGCGGAGAACACGGAACUCGAUGUGUGUGCGAUGCUCCCGCGGAAAGCAACGCAUAUGGAACACAAUGGUUGAGGAACAGGUGUAGGUGUCAGUAUUUUGUGAAUCUUUGUCGUAUUCCAAAAGUCUGCGUGAGUCGUGGGAUUUGCAAAAUGUGGGGUUCCGAACUGCGCUGUGAAUGCCCUGUUGACAAAGAGAAUUGCAGGCCCGGAAUAAACCAGUGUAAAGCUAAUCCGGGACUUUGCUUGGACGAGGGAAAGAUUUGCAUCGAACUCUAUGAUAUAAACGUAGGAUGGAUGAUUGGAAAUGAACAGAAAGGCGAUGGCUUUGCCUGCAUUUUAGCAGGGACUGUAAAGUCUCUAGCGACCGUCACAUAUUAUUGCGAUAUCUCCCAAGAAACUUUUAGUAGGACUAGAGGAGUGGAGCCUAAAAACGAGUUAGACUUGUGCUGCUAUCGAAUGCUGACAUGUGCAGGUGGGGAAAGCAUUCCGAAGAAAGGAAACAUUUUCAGCUACAGACCGUGUUACUGCAAUGUGGAAUUCCGAAAGUGCCUCCUCGCGGCUGCCUUUGACCCCAAGUUUAAAACAAACGUUGAGCAGAUGGUUGAAGUAUUGAACAACUUGGCGCACUGCAGCAUUGACGACGGUACUCGAUGUGAUCCAGUGCGUCCUUGGACUUGUCAGAAAGGUGACCUCAUCAAUCCUAAAUUUGCACAUUGUACUAUUGACUGUAAAACAGGCCCACUGCUGCCAAUCUGGGCUCGAGCUUGCGCCCUUAGACAAUGCAAGCCACCUCACCAUCGCGAAAAUCUCAGGAUUAUAGAUGUACCUCGCACAGAAGAAAGCUCAAUAUGUAAGCCUGUUGAAGACCUACCAAUAGUGUGCGGAAAUAGAGAUACGAACACUCGAUGUGUUUGCGACGGUAGGCCGAAGAGAUCAGAUUUCACCGACAGAUGCCGAUGCCAGUAUUGGCCAGACCGAUGGGAAGAAAGACAGUCUAAAGAAAACGAAAAUAAUUAACGCUACUUUAUUACUGAAUCCUG